CCUACUGCAGCGGUGGAUCCGCGGCUCGUACCUACUGCUCUGCUGCUGGACGCGACAACUCCUCGGCGCUUUUCUUCACGCCGGCUUGCUGCGGCCGCAUGAAGACGCGAAAAACGAGUAGCGCAUACAAAAUGGACGCGAUGAGAAAGAAGUACCCGAACCACACGGAGCUGGCGUAUCGCGAGGCAGUGUCCAAGCUCAAGUACUUCCUCGCAGAGUCGUACGCGCCCAGCAGCAGGACCAUCAUUUCAACUCUGCAGCCUCUGUACACGGGCAAGAGACCGUACAGGUCGGACACCAACGCCGAGGAGUACAACGACGAGGACGCGGACGUGCAGAGCUUGGCGAGCGAAGCCUCGAAGAGAGACCCGCCGAGCAAGUACCUGCACGGGCCCCGGCUCGGUGGGAUCAUCCCGGCAGCGCCGAACGACAAGUCUCUGCAGGCAGCCGCGCCACCGCCCACCGAGUUGUUGUCCUUCAUCGAGCGCCAGGAGGAGUACAUCGAGCAGCUCGAGCGCGAGUCCCAGUACUGCAAGGACGAGCUGAAGGGCCUACUCGAGAAAGUCAAGGAGGUGGUGGCGGAGAACGCGGCCCUGCAGGACAAGUACAAGAGCGGGCUGAUGAAGACCGUCCUGAUGGACGAUUGGCCGGAGCAGCCGGUGGUGGAGGGAGCCGAGCGAUCGGCCGCGGUGGCGCGCAAGACCGUCUCGAAGCCCCUGGAGGGGCCGAGUAUCGUGUUCGAGUCGCGCAUCGCCGAACUGGAGGCCCAGUUGACCCAAGCUCGGCUGGAGUUGCGCAAGGCGCGGGAGGAGAGCCAAGCGAGCAUCGAGCGCCUCGCCGAGUUGCGCCAGGACAGCCAUCAGCCCCAGCAGCAGCUGGCGGAGCUCGAGCGCGCCUCCCGGGAGAGGCGCGACCUCGAGACGAGGCUGGAGGAGUUGCAGCGCGAGCUCGGCAAGUCGCGGAGUCGGGACGCCGAGGUCGAGUCGAGGAACAAACGGGCGGCCGAGCUGGCCCAGCAGGCCGAGUACGAGAAGGCCCAGGCCGAGGCGGAGGUCAGACGGUUGAGGGAGGAGCUGGAGCGCAGGCAGGACAAGCUAAGGGAGACCCUGCAGGAGACGAAUCGCAGGAUAGCCGAGGAGAAGCAGCAGGUCGAGAGGAGGUUCAGCCAGCAGAUGGAACAGCUGUCCGCGGAUCUGGCGAGCCACUGGGAGGCGGCGAGCAAGUCGCACCUGGAAGCCGAGAAGCAACGCCGGGAGAUUGCCGAUCUCAGGCGCGAACUCGGCCAGCAGCGGGCCUACCUCGACGACCUCAAGAAGGAGAUGCAGCUCAAGGCUUCAAAAAUGCAAGAGGAGCUGAACGAGGCCAUAGCUCAGAAGGACGCGUCCCAGGAGGAAGUGGCCGCGGUGAAGUUGGCCGCCGAGAGGGCCGAGAGGCAGGCUCGGCAGGAGCAGGCUAGACUCCAGGCGGAAAUCAACUCGUACAAGAUGCGACUGGAGAGGGCCGACGCCGAUCUCGUGCACGCCCGUCGCGAGAAUCUUCGGCUCGGCGACGAGAUCGCGGCUCUGGAAAAGGAGAUCAAUAUGAACAAACUGAUGGGGGAGACUCGAGUGGGAGGCCAGCCGGGGAAUCCUAAAGCAGACCGGGACAUCAAGGACAAAGAGCUCGCCUCGCUGAUUUUCGACCUGGAGAAUCGGCAAGCGAAAACGGUCGCCAGUCUCGAGGAGUCAUUGAACAAACAGGCCUCGCUCGUCUCGCGCCUCACGACGGAGUGCCAAUCUCUCACACAGCGCUUGGAAGUUAACGACCAGAAACACAAGAAAGAAAUGGCCUCUCUACAAGACAACAUAAAAUUAUUAUCGAGUAAAUUCAAGGAGUCUCUAGCAGGAGAACUCGACAAAACAACAUCGCCGUCGAAGCAACAGGAGCUCGACAGUGGCAACAACGUCCACUGCGAUUCAGACCUCAAAGCCCAGUCAAAAGCCGUGGAACUUACGGACACCGGCGACGCUACGGCUGAGCAACCGAUCGCCGAGCACCAGGACCCGAAUCGCCAAAAGUUCUCCGAGCAGCCUGCAGACAACCACGGGGACGACUACACGAAUAAAUUAAAUUAUAGCCAGUACGACGAGUGCGAUCCGAACCAGUAUCCGGAAUACUUUAGCGAGCAACAGUUUAGCGAGAACCCACAGUACGACCAGGGCCCACAGUAUUUAGACGAGGAGCCGUAUAAUCCGACUAAUCACAAGGACCACGUCGCGCAACAAGAUCAAUAGCCUAGGUGUAAUAUCAAUACAUUAUUAUUAUUAUUAUUGUCAUUGAAAAAGCAUU